CACUUAUUGUUCAGGAAGUGUCAUGGCCGCUAAGUGUAUGUAGAUGGUGAUGCUGUUAGGUCUAGUUUUAUUUUUAUUCCGGUAAACAACAAUUAUGUCGACGAAUGGAGUGGACCAGCCGGCCGCCAAGGAGUCGGCGGAGCCCCAGCCCUCUGGGAGCAACGGCCUCUCCGACGCCGCCAUCAAGGUGAUAUCGGCUGAGAAAGAGGCAGCGCAGGCAGAGAUACCAGCCAAGAAGUCGAGAGUGGACCUGCAGUCCCUGCCUACCAGGCAGUACCUGGACCAGACAGUGGUGCCCAUCUUGCUGCAAGCGCUCUCCACUCUCGCCAAGGAGCGGUGAGUGGACACAGCCCCUCUACACUCGUCUGUGCUCUCUGCUGUGUAGUGUAGCGAUGUGUUCACAGGCAGUACCUGGACCAGACAGUGGUGCCCAUCCUGCUGCAAGCGCUCUCCACUCUCGCCAAGGAGCGGUGAGUGGACACAGCCCCUCUACUCUCUGCUGUGUAGUGUAGCGAUGUGUUCCCAGGCAGUACCUGGACCAGACAGUGGUGCCCAUCUUGCUGCAAGCGCUCUCCACUCUCGCCAAGGAGCGGUGAGUGGACACAGCCCCUCUACUCUCUGCUGUGUAGUGUAGCGAUGUGUUCCCAGGCAGUACCUGGACCAGACAGUGGUGCCCAUCUUGCUGCAAGCGCUCUCCACUCUCGCCAAGGAGCGGUGAGUGGACACAGCACCUCUACUCUCGUCUGUGCUCUCUGCUGUGUAGUGUAGCGAUGUGUUCCCAGGCAGUACCUGGACCAGACAGUGGUGCCCAUCUUGCUGCAAGCGCUCUCCACUCUCGCCAAGGAGCGGUGAGUGCUCUCUGCAUCUCCUCUUCUGUUGUUAGUGUUUUUGCUGACCUGCGAACCCAGUGAACUGCCUUACUUUUAGAAAUUUUCUCAUUAUGUCUCCAGCUGCAGUAUGUCCAUCUCAUCGUAUAAUGAUGUUUGUUGUCUUUAUACUGGCACACACUAUCAACUACUGGCAGUAGUUAGCGUCAAGAACUUUUCUUAGUGAGUAAACAGCUGAAAUGUGCCUUAGCGUGUCACAUUCUAAGAUUGCCGUGUGCUUUUAAAUGAGCAUUUACUAGCUCUUUCUAGAGCACAAUUCUUGCCAUUAGCACUGUACUUGUUUCUGUGUGCUCUGUUGCCAAAUGUACACCGUAGAGUGCAAACUAUGUAGACUCAACUUUGUAAUGAAAUUAAUAAUUUUUCAAAGGUAUAUGAAACAUAAUUUUUUUUUUACAAGUAAAAUAUGAAAUAAGAAUUAUAAGGAAAUACAUUUGUUAUAGUUCAUCAAAAGCAACAUUUGAUAGUAAUCAAUUUUUUAUUUCAUAGGAGACGUAAUUGAAAGAUAAAAUUUUUUUAAAAAUUGUUUUUGUAAAAAUAAAUUUCUAUAUUUUCAAAAAAAAUUUGCUCUUUAGAUAAUAUCAUGUCAUUUUACAGAAUGCCAUGUUUUUAAUAGUGUCUCCUGUGAAAUAAUCAUUGGUGUUUAGCAUUGGAUUGUUUUUCAUUUGGUAUGACUGGAAAAUUAUAAUACUGUCAAUAGACAGUAAUUUAUGGUGGUAGUAAAUUUUGAAAAUAUGAAUACUUAUUAUAAAUAACGACGGUAUACAAAAUAAGAAUUGUAAUGUUGCCGAGCCGGGUGGUAUCUCAUUGCGAAGCGUGUUUGUGGUAUCUCAUUGCGAAGCGUGGUUGCUUGCAGUCCGGCCGACCCCAUCAACUACCUAGCAGCGUUCCUGCUGAAGAACAAGUCGCAGUACGACACCAGCUCCGUCUCCACCGCUCCCAGUCAGUGAACCUGGCGUGUGCUUGUGUGCUUCUGUACUCUUCAUGUAAACAUUUUGAAUAAGUGGUUAACUUUAUGGGAAGUGUAAUUAGUUAACCUCUAAAACAUUUUCAGGUUUUCCUAAAACUUCCAUUGUUUUUAUUGUAGAGAUGGAUGUGUGAUCAGAACAUGUAAUGUGGUCUUAAAAUAUCUACAGCGAACUAAUUAUUUCUUAAUGAACCUGUCUUUAAUGUACAGUUUUGUAAUUUGGAAAAAUAAUAAAUUUAUAGUAUUUGUAAGGUA